UUUUUUUUUACCGUUAUCUCGCAUUCCCAUUUUGCCAAGAAGCAAUCUGUUGGCGCUCCAAAUCGCGCAUGAAUCUUCUACAUCUCCCUUCAAUCAGCCUCAUAUCUUGUUACUUGUUGUACCCGCCCGAGCUUUCCUAUUGUAUCCAUUGAUCGAUACACAACCAAAAUAUUCUUUACACAAUCUCUCGAGUAGAGAGCAGCAGCAACAGAGCAACAGCCAUGACCUCUCUAACACUCCCUCUUCCCCCGACUCUCAUCUCAACGCCCGCCCGUACAGUCAAACCGCAACUCGCGCUGUCCUCUCUCCGCCAAUCACAUCCCUUCCCACGCUUCUCACACUAUCGUCUCCCGAAGCCGAAGCCGCAGCCGCCGCCGCCAAAGACCAUCACCGCCUCCUUCGCCUACGUGUCUGGGCCCGCCUCUGACCCGAUUGUCAGCGAGCCCGACCCGAAAAUCGAUGAGCCGGACUCCAAGGGCCAGUCGCCGAGCGUGAUUAGCUGGGGGCUCUUGUUGAGCCUUCUGCUCAAGCACAAACUCAGGCUCGCCAUCUCGGCUUUCGCCCUCAUUGGCUGCAGCGCUUGCACUCUCUCAAUGCCCAUAUUUUCAGGGCGUUUUUUCGAAGUACUCAUUGGGAGGAGGCCAGAGCCAUUGUGGAAACUGCUGAGUAAAGUUGGUGUUUUGUAUGCUUUGGAGCCAAUUUUAACAGUAAUUUUCGUUGUUAACCUGAAUACUAUUUGGGAAAAGGUUAUGUCCACACUCAGAGCUCAGAUUUUCGGAAGGGUUUUGAUUCAAAAGGUCGAGUUUUUUGAUCGUUACAAGGUUGGUGAACUGACGGGGUUGUUAACAUCCGAUUUGGGUUCUAUUAAAAGUGUUGUGAGCGAAAACAUUUCCAGGGACCGUGGAUUCAGGGCACUUACUGAGGUUAUCGGGACAAUAUGCAUACUAUUUGCUUUGGCUCCCCAACUUGCACCAAUCCUGGCCGUGCUGAUGCUCACCGUGUCUAUUUUAGUUGCUGUAUACAAAAGAUCAACUGUGCCUGUUUUCAAGGCUUAUGGAUUAGCUCAAGCAUCCAUAUCUGAUUGUGUGACAGAAACAUUUUCUGCCAUACGCACUGUAAGAUCCUUCGGUGGGGAAAAGCGCCAGAUGUUAAUGUUUGGCAGACAGGUGCUAGCUUACCAGAGCAGUGGAAUAAAGCUCGGGACUUUUAAAUCCCUUAAUGAAUCUUUGACUAGAGUUGUUGUUUAUAUAUCUCUAAUGGCCUUAUAUUGUCUUGGAGGAAGCAAAGUGAAAGCGGGUGAACUCUCUGUUGGAACUGUGGCUUCUUUCAUUGGUUACACGUUCACAUUAACUUUCGCUGUUCAAGGCCUGGUUAAUACUUUUGGAGAUCUUCGUGGAACUUUUGCUGCUGUGGAGAGGAUUAACUCUGUUUUGUCUGGGGUAGAAAUUGAUGAAUCCCUUGCUUAUGGUUUAGAAAGGGAGAUGCAACAAAAGAAAUUACUUGAUGAAAAUUACAGAUUGUUCCUCAUUGAUGGUUCAAGUGAGAAAAAUCAGUCAGUAAAUACACAUUACAUGUCAGCUCUGAAGUCAGCUAGUAACAUUAGUCGCUUAGCUUGGUCUGGUGAUGUUUGUCUUGAAGAUGUGCAUUUCUCUUAUCCCUUGAGACCUGAUGUUGAAAUUUUAAAUGGUCUAAAUCUAACGCUAAAAUGUGGAACUGUAACUGCUCUAGUGGGCCCAAGUGGUGCAGGAAAAAGUACUAUUGUGCAGCUAUUGGCACGUUUCUAUGAGCCAAAGAGUGGUCGUAUAACAGUUGCAGGAGAGGAUGUCCGAACAUUUGACAAGAGUGAAUGGGCACAGAUUGUCUCUUUAGUGAAUCAAGAACCUGUUCUCUUUUCGGUGUCUGUUGGAGAAAAUAUUGCUUAUGGGCUUCCAGAUGAUCAUGUAUCCAAGGAUGACGUGAUCAAGGCCGCAAAAGCAGCAAAUGCUCAUGAAUUUAUUAUUUCACUUCCACAGGGUUAUGAUACACUAGUUGGUGAACGUGGAGGCCUACUUAGUGGUGGCCAGAGGCAGAGAGUCGCCAUUGCAAGAGCUCUGCUUAAGAAUGCCCCAAUCCUGAUACUUGACGAGGCCACCAGUGCAUUGGAUGCGAUUAGUGAGCGCCUAGUCCAGGGUGCACUGAACCAUCUGAUGAAGCGAAGGACAACAUUGGUGAUUGCUCACCGAUUAAGCACGGUUCAGAAUGCCCAUCAAAUUGCACUGUGUUCUGAUGGGAGGAUAGCAGAACUUGGUACACACUCCGAAUUAUUAGCUAAGAAAGGUCAAUAUGCUUCAUUGGUUGGCACUCAAAGGCUGGCAUUUGAAUGAUUUGGAAAAUGCUUAGACAUUUCCCCAAUGACGGAGCAUACAAGGGACAGAAGUCACGGAACCAUUUCUUAAAGCAAAUGAUGUUUAUAUAGUUGCAGAAAGAGAACGAUAACAACACAGGAAAUAGAAAAAAGAACAUCAUAAAAUAGCUAUAAUUUUUGUUAUCAUCACUUGUUAAACAGUCAAAUUCAGCUACAUUUUAGUGUAAGGCAAUGUAAUACUCACAUGAGCUGAAUUUUAGUGUAAGGCUAUGUAAUACUCACAUAUAUAAAUUUUAAUGAUCAUCAUUAGAGGAAUCAGUAUAGAUUCUGUAUGCAACCCAACCCAUAUA